AUGAUGCUCUCUAUUGUUAAGCUUGGUUCUCUUGUUUUGAGAACCAUAUGUAAACCUAUUGCUAGUAGACUCAAAGUAGCAACUGGCAAACAUCCUAGAUUUCGUAGAUGCAUCAUCAAUGUUGCCCAGACAAACCACAGGUUUACGACAACCGUGCAAAGACAGAUUUAUGGUCAUGCAACUGAUGUUGCGAUCCGACCUUUGAAUGAAGAGAAAGCUGUUCAAGCUGCUGCAGACCUACUUGGAGAACUAUUCGUAGUCUCGGUUGCUGGUUCUGCUAUUAUAUUUGAGGUGCAAAGGAAUGCUAGAUCUGAAGCAAGAAAAGAGGAGUUACGCAAGCAGGAGCUUGAGGCAAUAAAGCAAAAAGAAGAAAAUUUACAAAGAGAAUUGCAGUUGAUUAGAAGGAGACUGGCAGAAGUGGAAAACCUAGCUAAGGCCAGAGGAAUCUUAGGUAUCUUCAACUUCAGGAACCCUAAUGGCAAUCAAAACGCCAAAUUAGGGUCAGAAGUUCACUCCAACGAUGGCCUGCCAGCAACCCAUGCUGAACCGGAGACCUUACCACCUGCUCAUUCUACUACAGAUACCAAGCAAGGUGCUCCACCUGGUCAUUAA